GAUUUGUUGUUCGCGAUCGUUGCUUUGCAACUGCCAGCUAGUGUCAACUACAUUCUCUCACUCAUAUUCACGAUUCACGACAAUUCCAUGUAUUCUGCUGUCUAACGAUACCACCACGACAAGUCAAUCAUAUACCACCACCAUGAACACCGACACCACGACACCAGCAAGCAGCAAACACCUUUCGCUAUUGAACACGUCCAGCUCGCCAACAGCAGCGAGCUCUCUGCCAUCCCCGCCUUAUUCACCCCCUCCAACUCGCAGCACACCACUCACAAAUGCCCACACACGAGAAAUUUUCACGAACGACGCGACCAAAGCUCUCAAAGCUACACGCCGACAAUCCUCUAUUUCCUACGUGUCUUCUCGCGUCGAUGUAUACUCACGACACGCGCAGUCUACGUCUACGACCGUUGCUGAUGCUUUGAUAGGAACGAAUACGGUACACGGAAUUGGAAGUUCAUCCGAGUUUGGAGGAGGACCUAAAAGGACUUCACGCUCGAUGAAGAGGCGAACUAUGGCAGGGCUCGAGGAGUUACGCGGGUUGAACGCAGUUGGGGAAGCCCGCGCACAUGUGAGCUUUGGGAGUGCUAGUGCUAGUGGAGGUACAGAGAGAGUUGCGCUGACGCUUGCUGAGAAACACGCCGAUCUCCUACACGCAAUUGCGGCCGCUGAGAGUAAACGUCUCGAGCUGACGGGCCAGCUGGCUGCUGUUGAAGGAGACUUGGGGGAAUUAAAACGCAAAUGGGAACGGAUUGUGAACCGCGAACCACACUACCCCUCCCUUCCCUUCUCCAACGCCAACACAUCAACACCCACCACCUCUGUCGUAGACGGUCUCAAAGAAGGCGUAAGAUUACUCGCAGCUGGUCUGAGCGAUCUAACCGACCUCACUGCUCCCAUCCCCUCAGUCGUUCCUGCACCAACCACAGAAGAAACAGCAGGGGUCCCAAGGCGGCACGCACAGCGCGAGAGCGACUCCUCCACAUCAAUGUCUACCAGUUCAAGGAUUGGGCAGCUCUCGAGGACUUCCGUGUCGUCUGUCUGGGACGAGGACCUUUCUCUCCUUUCUGUCAAGAGCGCGGAAGAUAACGAACCGAUUCUUACAAAACAGACGGGAGACAAUGACGCAGCAAGAGCAAGACAAGAAAAAAUCUUCCGUCGACGAUCACGCGACAUGUCUCAUCCUCCGCCUGCAUUCACGAGGCAUGCUACGUCGUGUAAUAGUACGAGCACUAGUGUGGAUAUCGGUCGGGGCAGCGUGGAUCUCGACUCGACGCCAGACGUCGUCCGGGGUAUGUCGAAUCUGGGGAUGGACGCGUCCUUUUUGGCGGCGGACUUAUCGACUUUAGAAACCGAUGCGGACGGUGCUGGAACUCACAGCAAAAAUACGCUACGUGCCAAACGCGCCUCACUGGCACCUCCCUCAUCGAUGCCUGGCGUCGGAUCGCUCGCCGUGGUUGGUGGGGCAUGGGGAAACGUGGGGAGGAAGCUCGGAGGCGAUGUGUUCUCCAAAAGCCAAAAGCGCGCUUCCACCCUCCUCUCAGACGUCUCCCAAUCCAUCGUCUCAGCACUAAACCCAAGCCCAGUAGCCACAUCCCCAGCACCCGCACCAUCCCUCUUCCCAUUCCCAUCAUCCCUACACACCUCAUCCUCAUCUAACACUGCCUCCCAACGCAGCUCCUCACCCGCUUCGUUACUCACUCCGUCGUCAAACACGAGUUCACCCUUCACGCGUUCUACGUGUUUGCAGACUCGUAGUCAUACUUCAGCCCCGCGUACAGGCAGUUGGCUGGAAGAUGACGAGGAGGAGAAUACGGUACAUGCUGGGAGGGUUAUGAUGCCUUCUGUGCUUAAGCCUACCUCUGCCGCGUCUAUGUCUGCAGGCAAAACGUCCAAACCGCGAGUGUCCGCCGAACCAGGGACGGCGACGGCUACGAGUUUUGAUGAUGACGAUGAUUGGAAUUGGUAGCAGUUAUUUUUCUCGACGUUGAUGUUGCCUGGCGGAUGAAUAGUAGAUGAAUAUUGAGAAGGGGGUGUACUGUGUUUAUAGGCAUUCGCGAAUUGAUAGCACCUGUUUGUUGGGAUGAGGGUGCAUGCGUGGGGUACUGUAUUGUUUAUACAUAGAUAUUCGCUGUAUUUUGUUCUUUGCGCUAGUACUUGUGCUAAUUUUUACUCGAUGUGUCCUGGCAUCACCGCAUGUACUUACUAGCU